CAAAAACAUUUUCUUAGUAACCCAUAUUGAAGGCAGUUUUGUCAAUAUACAUAUAUUUUUUAAAGAAGCGUCCCCUUUGAAUUUGAAUGAUAAUAUUAUAUUAAUAAAAGAUGGCAGGUAUUCCUAAACUACCAGGUUAUAGCUUUACAGAUCCAACAAAACAAAAAUUCCACGUAUCCCAAACCUUCAACAUACGCAACGGCUAUCGCAUAGCCAGGAACAAUUUUUGUGGAAUUGGAGGCACUGAAAUAGCCUCGAAUUCAGCCAGAUUCGUUGGCGCCAACGACUGUAUCAGAUUCGAUCCAUCUUUGACGUACGGUAGGACGAAAACUGACGUUCCACCAUUGUUCAAACCUCACUAUGCUUUGUACGCCAAUAGGAAUCUGUCAUUCGAUGGGUUUUUCAAACAGGGGAUCUUGGAUUCGCCGAACGAAUUUUAUAGAGUAAGAAGAGUCAGGAUAUUGUAUUACUUGGAGGAUGAUACCAUAUCAGUAUUUGAACCACCAUUGAGGAAUAGUGGAAUCAACCAAGGAAGGAUAGUCAAAAGAGGAAGAGUUCCAAAGAACGAAAAAGGUGAUCACUGGCAUUGGAAAGAUCUAAAUGUCGGUCUAGAUAUAAUGCUUUAUGGAAUCGUUUACCAUACGGUGAAUUGUGACAAGUGGACUAGGGAGUAUAUGGCAAGCCAGGGUUUGAUUAUGAAUGAACCAGAAGAGAUGCCAGAAGAUCCAUAUAUCUUUGACCGGCAGAUAAAAGCCAAAUCUAAUUUUACGAAGACGAAAUCUAACGUUGACAAAUUAAGAAAGUUUUUGGAAUACGAUGGCAAAGUUUUAAGAUUCAAAGCUGUUUGGGACGACAGAGAAAAUGAGUACGGUGAGUUGAUGAGAUUCGAAAUUUUCUAUUUUUUAUCUGACGAUACGGUUUCGGUGAAAGAAAUUCACCGUAAAAACGACGGUAGAGAUCCAUACUGCAUGUUACUCAGAAAAGUUAAACUUCCAAAGCGUUAUAAUGAUACGCCGCCAUCUUAUCCUGCCAUCUACUUGGAACUGACGCCUGCAGAAGUUACUGAAUAUUAUCAACCGAUAAACUUUCAAAUUGGAGAAACUAUAUUUGUUCUUGGUCGGGAUAUGUUACUUUAUGACUGCGAUAAGUUUACUAGAGAUUACUUUCAGAAGGCUUUGGGUAUUACGCAAAAGGAGGCUUUCAGUAUCGAAGAUCCAGUUCCUCCUAAGCCUCCCAAGCCGAUGCCCCCACAUGAUGGUUUCGGUUCUCUUGAAGAUUCAUUCCAGAAUACGAAGACGUUCAUUAUCAAACCAUAUAGAAAGAACUUCACGAUGAGUACCGUGAAUGCGAAUAAGUAUUUGAAGUACGAAAUGGUUAUGGACGCGGUACAUCCUGAAGAUACAAUCAGACGUUUCGUGAUGAUGUAUUCGUUAGGCGAUGGAACUUGCAAGAUCAGAGAACCGCCUAUUAAAAAUUCGGGAAUUAUGGGAGGGACGUAUUUACGACCAACGAUGUUGAUUAAACCAGGAUCGGAGCGUCUAAAUCCAGAUUAUUAUACCCCAGUAGAUUUUUAUAUCGGUGCGAUGAUAUCGAUAUUCAAACAGAGGUUCAUAAUCGUUGGUGCUGAUCUAUACGUUUAUCGCUACAUGAUGGCCAAUAACGAUAAGUUCCCGCCUGAAAUUAUUGAAAAUCUUAGAAAUUACAUGUUCAACAAGGGUUAUCUCAAGUACGAUGUUGAUGAUAAAAUGAAGGAAAUUGUCGAAUCCGAAAAUAAAUGGGAUGAAGAUGCAGAUCAGGAACACUUAAAAACUGUAGAAGAAGAACUCAAAGAGUGCCACGAUAAGAUAAACGUUCAAUCCGAUCCAAUAGCAGACAAAGCAAUGAGAGAUAAGAUUUACGCUGAAUACGAAGACGCUAUGAAACACAAAACGGGAGUUUUGCCUUACGGAAUUAAGCCCUACGGUCAUGAGUGUGCCAAUCCUGUUUUCAUCGGGGACAAGAAGAGCAGCGUGUGUAAACCAGAUGAGGAAGUCCAAUUCUCUUCAUUCACCCCUAAACACGUUGAUACCCCUGAAGAAAUAAGAGCCAAAUUUUACGGAGGCGUUCUAAAAGGCCAUCACGACGUUUGCGAUGGUUCAAAAACUAUCGAAUGCAUUCCCCCGCCUCAUCUGGGACCGCUUCCAGAACGAGAAGGUGGUCCAGUUCCGGAACCAAUCAUGACGACAGAUCCAGAACUUCCGGCGAGCUGUAAAACAAAGACGGUUCGAUUUGUAGAAGAUUCCGGCGACAGGUGUAAAAAAGAUAGGCACGAUUUGUGUAAUGUAAAUCGUGAUAUUAGUUUCGCUGGAUGUACAGAUUAUCAAAAAGAAUGCAUUCAACUCGACAAGCAUUAGGAUAAAUAAAAUUUUUAUAAAUGUUUUCAA